UGUGUGUCUUGGCCUUCCGUGCGCGUGUGUGUGAGAGAGAGAAAGAGAGAGGAGUGGGGCGUACGCAUGAAUGAUUAUACCGACGAUCGAAGAGCCAAUUGUGCGAGAACGAAGAAGGGAUCAGCAGAAGAAAACAAAGAAACACAGAGAGAGGGAGAGAGAGAGAGAGAGAGAGAGAGAGAGGAGGGGAGGGGGGGAAUUUCCAUUCGAAAAUGGCAUUUGGCUGAAACAUUCCGAGUUCUGACAAACAGUUGGCGUGCCCACUCUCCAUUACCUCACUAGUAUUUGGCUGAAUCAAUAUUACCAUUUGUUCUUUCUCACACCACUCACAGUCUCACACAACCCUCUUCUCAAUCUCAGAUUCUCAAGAAACCCAACUUGGGGUUUUAAGCUUUUUCUCAUCAUCAUCAUCCACUGUUCAUUCCUUCCUUCCUUCCUUCCUUCGUUUCUGUAUGUACGGUUCUGUAACAGCAGCAGAAGCAGCUAUUCUCCUCAGCUGGGUCUGGCUCCUCUGUCUUUCUUCCUAUGAGACUGCUUCCACUGUCAAGUGGUUACUACUGCAACAACAGAGCUCAAUCCUCCCUCGACCUCCUCCAGGCGAUCCUCCCAUUCCAAACAAAGUUUGUACGCAGACCCACCAGGUGGGUCCGCAAGGACUCCACCAUCACCACCACCACCACCACUCGCUGUCACCAUCGCAGCAGCAAGGACAACAAGAAGAAGCUCGUGGUCAUCCUGGGUGCCACCGGCACCGGUAAGUCUCGCCUAUCCAUCGACCUCGCCACUCGUCUCCCCUUACCUUGCGAAGUCAUCAACUCCGAUAAAAUGCAAGUCUACAAAGGCCUCGACAUCACCACCAACAAAAUCCCAAUGCUCGAUCGCCGCGGCGUUCCUCACCAUCUCCUCGGUUUCUUCGAUGCCCACAGAGAGUUCUCCGCCACUGACUACCGCUCACUCGCUGCCUCAACCAUCUCAUCCAUCUCGGAACGCAGCCGACUACCCCUUCUCGUGGGCGGCUCCAAUUCCUUCAUCCAAGCACUCCUCGCAGAACGAUUCAAUCCCGACUCAGAGUCGGGGGUAUCCAACGGAUUACGUUACAACUGCUGUUUCCUCUGGGUGGACCUGUCGUUCAAUGUUCUCUGCGACUACCUCAAAGUCCGAGUCGACGAUAUGCUUGCAAUCGGCAUGAUCGAGGAGCUCGCCGAGUUUUACGACCCGGACAAGGCAGACUCGGAAGUAGGAAUCAGAAAAGCAAUCGGAAUACCCGAGUUGGAUCGGUAUUUCAGAAGGUUUCCGCCACGGAGGAGGAGGAGAACGGAUCUCGAGGAGGAUGUGCAGAAGGAAAAGGAGGAGAGAAAGAGAGCGUUGGAAGAGGCAGUGCAGGAGAUAAAGGAGAACACGUGCGAGCUAGCUAAGAUACAGAUGGAGAAGAUUGUACGGCUGAGAUCGGCUGGGUGGGACCUGAGAAAGUUAGAUGCGACGGAGGCGUUCAGGGCAGUGAUGGCUAAGGAUACAGAGAAGUGGGCGGAGGUCUGGGAGAAGGAUGUGGUGGGCCCAUGCGUGAAGAUUGUGAAGCACUUCCUUGAGGAGUAGUUAGUUUUUCCCAACCUCUCUGUCUCUCUCAUUUCAUCUUAAAAACGAGAAAGAAAAAAAUUAAGAAAAGAAAAUAGUAAAAAUUUAUACAUCUCUACCGGUUCAUUCUUCAGACCCGGCUUGAACCGUAUCCAGUUAAUUUAUUGGAGAGGGCCAAGGAGGCCAAUUUUGAAGCAGAUGUACAUUAAGAGGGUUGGUUGGGGCUGUGCAACUUUUGGGUUUGGUGAGAGAGGGGAAAAAAAGGAAUUUGCACUUCCAGACGUCCAUCUCUCUCUUUUUUUUCUUUUUCUUUUUUUUUUUUAUUUAAGUGAGACUUUCUCUCUCUAUUGUAUAUUUUUCUGUUGCGUUGUUAUAAGGAAGAUCACGAUUUGUGUG